CAAAUUCAUUUUAUCCCACAACUCCAAACAACGCAACCCGCAUGAUCGCGCAUUGGAACUCAAUCCCUGUCGCCGAUUUCGCGAUCCACACAACCGCCAAUACGGGGCGUUUCCUUUCCAUACGGGCUCCCAGCGCCCAUUCCACUUCGAAACUCUACCGUCCUUUCCUCUUCGGCAAAGCGAAAUCCACGCCAUUUCUGCCACGUACUACGCGACCGAUGAUUCACUUUUUCUCACAUUUGUCUUAACCUCGUACUCGUGGACUACCAUCGAAGUGUUGAGAGCGCGAAAUCCUGACGACGUGUGUGAUUUUAAUUCACGAAAUUGGCCUCAAGGAGCCGAAGAAGGCCGUUACACUUCACUCUGCAGCCAUCCGGUUGUCUUGAUCUCCGAAGUGUGGAACGCCGCAGGUGCGCUUGAGCAGUGCGUGACCGUGUGGUUGUGGCUUCCAGGCUGGGGCGGCGGAUUUUCUUUUGACAACACGAACUUCAUUUCGAAGAGAGAACACUGGCACGAAACGUUAGCGUGCAAAAGCGAGGCCCAGGCAUUGUCGAGACAGGAUUAUCUCAGCCCUUCGAAAAGCCACGCUAAGAGACGCCAAACCCACCUUGACAGAAAACCUGCAUCGAUAGGAAAAGGUCCGACUUGGGCUGGCCAGAUCUAGGGAUCCAAGGAGCUUCGAGUCACGUGAUGUGUCCCCCCUCAAGCGAACCGACUCUGGGCCAGUAGAAUUCACCAUUUGAGGGCCUGUGGGGUAUGUCGUCUUCAAGAUAUCCUCCUCCAGCAAGAGAUCGCUCUCCACCUCGGUUCGAACGCAGACCAUCCACCAACUACACACCUGCGAGCUCUUCAUACAGAGGCCAAACAGAGCCCGGCUUGCCACCGGCGCAGAGAGACCCUCCUCGAGGUCCCAAAGCCGAUUUCCGAGGCGGGGGCGGUUUUCCAUUUACUGCGACCACGCGUGGCAGAGGAGGAGGAUUUGCUCCUCGGCCCAACGAUAACUGGGAGAGAGACCGUGAACGAGACCGCGAACGAGAUCGUGAACGAGAUACCCGGCCGCCUCCACAGUCUUACCGUGGUCGAGAAGAUGAUCGCGCCGAAUGGCCUCGUCGUGAUCGCGACUUCGCAGCUGCCGAUCGGACGGUCCCAACAGCGAGAGAUACUCGAGCUUAUGUGGGCAGAGAGCGCUCAGCCUCUCCAAUUCGACCCAGAAGGGACUCACGCGAAUCGAUUCCCUCAACCUUUGCUCGUCCCGCAGAAUCUGCAUCGUCAUACUACCCUUCCGCAGGGCGCGGGGGUCUUGGCCGCGGCAGGGGAAGAGGGGAUUGGGAGCGAGGCAGAGGCCGGAGUUCUUUCGUGAGCGAGCGUGAGCGGGAUCUCUUCCAUCCACGAAGCCGUUCGAGGGAGAGCUGGCGCGACCGCGAAUUCGACCGAGGCCGACCACCUCCGGGUGACGCUGACCGCCCCGAUAGGUACGAACGUCGCGAUUAUGAACGUAGCCGAGAGCGCGAAGCCAGACCUAGGGACUCACGGGAGCACGACGUAUGGCCGAGAGAUCAAUCGCCUGCUAGAAUAUCCGCUGCGAAUCCGGCCGCUGCUGUUGCCACCCCAUCUGCCGCUGUCAAUGACCGACCCGGAAAGCCCGACUUUGACCCAGGUAGACGACCAUCCGUUGUGGCUACCCCAAGCAGCGCUCUCCGCGAAACUCGGCGUGAUGGUGAAGGAGCAGAUUAUUUUGGAAGUUCGAGGUUGGACACCUCUCGUCGUGAUGCACCUCAGCCCCCGCAACAAUCCCCAAACCCCAUUGGCCUCGACUAUGGCCCUCCGCCGUCCUUACCUUCCGUCGCGACACCUGCGGCGGAAAAGACGCCCAUGGCCAAGGGGCAGCCUAUCAAGAGUGAACAAGUAACCCCUUCGCCAGCUACUUUUCAACCGCCUAGUGGGCCAAAAGCUAGCAGGACAGCUCCCGCGGCAGGUCUCAGUCAGUCCGUGAAAACGCCUCAACAUCAAGAAAUGUGGGCUCGCACCGAGCCUGCGUCGCGCCCCGUCCGCCCCGGUCUGACUCCAAGUGCAAGCAACUUAUCGAUGGAAGGAAGCGCAAAGAAAGAUGAGCUGCCCAUCGAAUCUAAACCCCCCGCAGCCCCUGCAGCUGACCGUUCCAUGCCUCCAAAUGUGCCUUCUGGCCCGAGACUGGGCAACACAACUUCCUAUAACAAGCAUAGACUAUCUUCAAGUGAGCCGGCCGGCUCUGGACCACCUCCUAUGGCACCAAGGGAGCCCUCAAAACCUUCCGUACUGGACAAUCGGUCUCCAGCAAUACCAACAGGGCCUCGAAGCGACCGCGAAGGAACAAGGACAGGGCCAGGGACCGCCUCGAAGAUAUGGGUCUCUCCAGACUACAAAUCUAAGCCGUCUAUUAUGAACGCAAUGAACAAGCAAUUCCAGCCUGAAGCCAGGGACAGAGGACUCAUACCGACGGGCCCCAGGCAGCAGAAUGCGUUCACUGCGCACCCAGAAAAGACUCGAGUGCUUCACACGUCUGCAGGUUCUCCUCCAUCCGCGCCAUCCGGGCCCAAGGCGUUGAUAGCAACAAGCCCGAAAAUCCAAGAUGCCAAAAUGACCCUUCUGCCUCCCAGGAACCGCGCCGACGGGCCCCAACACCAGGAAGAUGUGGUGAUGUCGGUUCCGGCAUCCAGUGAGGAUGAAGACGAAGCUGAGGAUGACUCUUUCGAUGAAGAGUACUUUGCUGAAUCUGAAGAGAGGCACAAGCAGGAGAUGGAACUACUUGAAGCCAAGAAACCACCGUCUUUACUGCAAGACACGGUAGCAGUGGCCCUCCUGGUGAAGCUGCAAUUUCUCCACAUGAUAGCUCAAGACUCUAUGCCCAGACAUGUUCCCACACCCGUCGAAGUCACAAAGGAGGAGACACCUGUUGCUGUUACUAUUCCAACCGGGUUGCCAUCCCCAAAACAAGCCUCUGAAGAGACCGAGCCUAAGGAGGAAAUAUCGGAAGUGGAACCACCGUAUCCCAAAGGACGACCUCUCAAACAGCCGCCAGUGAACCCGAUACCCACACCUCCUAUCGAAGAUUUGCCAUAUCUGAAGUCGGGACCAAUAGAGCCAGUCGUCUUUGAAGAAUCAGACAACGAAGUGGAACACGAAGCAGUUUCAAUUCUUCUACAACAGGAAUUCGAGCGUAAUGCCUGGGACUGGAGAUCUGAGCUUGAAGAAAUGCAUGCAGAGUUCAAGGCCAGAUAUCCUCUGUGGAAACAGAAGAUCCAUCAACUCGAACAAGAAAGGCGUGAAUUACAGGCCAGUCCUGCACCCGCCUCCCCUGCGCCGUCAGCGGCGCCUUCGGUCACACCUUCAUUAACCCACGAACGUACCAGAGGCGCGCGGAAUACGACAGAAGCCGACUUGCAAGCCGCGAUCUUGAUGUCUCAGCAGUCCCUCAAAGAAGAGGAAGAGCGGCGCGAGAGAGAGGCAGCAUCCAGCUCUAAGCCCAACUACGACACGGAGGCAGUAGUACCACCAAUGUUGAAACCCGCGGAAAUUGAAAUAUCCCAAUUUGAAGAGACAAACCAUCUUAUCCCAAACGAAUUGGCACUGCAUGCGUUUGCCUAUGUCCCACCCGUGGACGACUUUACGGAGGAGGAACAAACCUUGUUCAUCGCUGCUUAUUGUCAAAAUCCCAAGAAAUGGGGCAAGAUUGCAGAGUCUCUGCCAGGCAGAACAUAUCAAGAGUGCAUCGUUCACUACUACCUGACCAAGGUACAGGCUAACUACAAAGACCUCUGGAGACGAUCGCAGCCUAGGAAGCGCGGUCGGCGAGGGGCUGCCACCAAACCUCGUUCCACAGCUCUCAUGUCCGAGCUGCUCAAUGGCGACGAUGCAGAAGCGACGCCUGUGGCUGUUACGGACAGUGGAAGGCCGAGACGGGCAGCGGCACCGACAUUUGGAGAUGCUCCGAGUGAAGCCGACUCUUCGACACCUGUCCCACAGUCGAAGAAGCUUACAGCUGCUUUGAAAGACGGUAAUUCAGACGGUAGUGGGGCCAAGACGUCCAGAGGCCGCAAGGCUGGGGCUGCCACAAAGGUGCGAAGGACCAAGGCACAAAUCCAGGCAGAGCAGCUACAAGCUACACCUUUGGCUGCCGCUGAAGGCUCCCCUACCAAGCCGGUAACCGCUGCUAAGCCUGAAAGAGGGCGACCGCUUGUUCGUGCUGAAAAUGUGCCCAUCAUGCCCGAUCCUACUCCUCCCAUUCCACCGGUGCAGCGACCGGUAGAAGCGCCAUUACAGCCCUAUCCUACAUGCGAUGUCCCGGUCGGCACUUCGGCAGCUUCAGCGUCGAAUGCAUCAUCACAAGUGACAAGUUAUUGGUCAGUUCCCGAACAGCACAAGUUUCCGGAACUCCUAUCGUACUUUGGUCGAGAUUUCACAGCAAUUGCAGACUUCAUGAAGACCAAGAGCGUGCAAAUGAUCAAGAACUACUAUUCUCGCCAAAUCAAUGAGGGUAAGGAUGAGUUCGAAAAGCGCGCCCUGAUGGGGGAGCAGAUGCGCCUCACUGGGAAAGUCGCAAUUCCGCCUCCAAGUCCGAUCGUGCCUCCAAAACGUCGAUACGACACAGCGUUGGCCCCUAUCACUCGUCCAGCUACUCAUAGUGAGCAGAACGUAAUGGAUGGUGAGCCCGCAGUUGCAGCAAUCAAACAGAGCGUUAUUGAGGACUUCCCACGAAACAUUCUCGAAAGGGUAGCCUCUGGGGAUAUUGCUGCUCAGCCUCGUCCAGUCGUGCGCGAAACAAUUCGAGAGGCACCUCUGUCUGUUCCUCUUCCGCUAAAAACCGAGGAGCUUCCAAGAUUGCCCAAUGAGCGUGCCUCCCUCUUCAGCCAUAAACCAUUGCAUGGCCCCAAAGCUGGUGUCUUCCAGGACGAUGUCGGCUUUCAGCCUGCCCGUCAAAAUCUCAGGGCACCUCUUCAGGAGCGGUCGCCACAAAUACUCUCGCAGAGGCUUCCAGAUAUGUCUCGCCCUGAAUUAAGUCAACAAACCCCAAUGUCUGCAACCGGCCCAAGCCCGUUGGGCCCGCGAGAGCCUCUCAUCCCGACGCAGCAACGGCCUCCGGCUCCUCCGGCUGCUCCUGUUCAAGCAAUUCAAGCUCAUGUUGAAAAGUACAGCCAGCCAAGUGCCCUGCAUCCCAGCCAUAGCCGUAACAGCAGCUCGGCAGCUCCGAGUCAUCAACCCUUGGAGACGCCUCACGACAUGACUGCUUUACGCCGUCUGGACACUCAACGUUCGCUGUACCGAACCGGACCCACUGGAUCUCCAGCAUUGACACCAGUACCAAUAACUGCCUCUCAACCACCCCGAAGUGAGAUUUCUCAGCCUGCUCCAGCACCUCCUGCAGAGCCUCCGAAGGCCCCCGCCAAACGAUCGAAUGUGUUCGGUCUUCUUAAUGAUGAUCCAGAGCCACCGCCAAAACGGCCAUCUCUGGAGCCAUCGAAACGAACAUCAAUUCUUUCUCCACAAAUCACCCCUCUGCCUUCAGGGCAAAACCUACUGCAGCAACCGCGAAGCCAGCAUCACCCUGAAGAUUCACUUCUAAAUAGAGCAGCGAGAGGCCCAUAUAUUCCUGGUAGCAGUAACAUUCACUCGGUAGGUGGCGGGCAGCAAUCAUCAGGUGAUUAUCCAAGCUCAUAUGCUGCCACGCCGGCCACCGGCCCCAGCAACGAAGCAUGGAUGGAUCGCUUUGAUCCACGGCCUCAAGGAGCCCCCAGCGACCAGCGAAGUCACCAUCACUCACCCGCCCCGAGUCCUUAUUCUGUGAUUCCGCCGACUUCACAGCAGAGUAGUAUUCCACCGCUUCAUUCGUUGCGAGUGGACACACCUCGAGCUCCGGAACGACCUGGAAUUGAUCACCGACGGACGCUGCUGGGCCAGAUCAAUCAAAUACCACAUGUGCCCUCCCCUCCUCCUCAACAACCGACACAGCCUGUGCCACAACUACGAUCAGCCUCAACUUCGUCGCACCAUUCGCGGGCGCCUUCUGCGGGAUACUCUGCUUCGCAGCCGACCAGUCAAUCGUCUUCUUUGGGUCAUUCGACGGUGCCGCAAAAUCAUUCUCACUCAGCGAGCUCUACUCCAGUCUCGAGUCUCCACCACCGGCCUCAGUCAUCCCUGGAUUUUCCAACUCGACUGACCAUCCAACAGCAUAUGGCUCAACAAAACCAGCAGAAACAACAGGAGCAGCAACGUGAGCAUGAAAGACAAAUACAACGUCAUCGGGAGCUAGAAGCGGCACAACAGCGUGAACGGGAACGUGAGCGAGAGCAGCAGCAACAACAACAACAACCACAGGCUCAGCAGCAGCAACAACAACAGCAACAAUCACGUCGGGACUUUUACGGUAUCGAGCACCAUGCAACUCCUCCGACGUCUCGUUCCAACCAGUUAGGGGCGGCAGCAAAUCAAAGCCACAUGACAUUCGCUCCGCGUGAAAUUCCACGAACCUAUACACCUCCUCACACACACGGUAAUUCUCACGCUCAUGCUCACUCGCCGUUUCCGGGUCCCAGUCGUGGUCCCGGCGGCAUGGGAACGCCUCAUCCUCUUCAGCAUCCGCAUCCACAUUCGCACCAGCAUCACCAACACCAACAUCAACACCAACAUCAACAUCAGCAUCAGCACCAGCAUCAACACCAGCACCAAGCGAGCCCGCUUCCACAUCUCCAGCCGCAAGGGCCUGGUCAACCGCCGCCUCAUCUGCAUCACCCUCACCCUUCUCAACCGCAAAUACUGCUCCCUGGAUCGUCGGGGCAUUUUCGAGCAAUGAGCCAAGGAGAACCGAGACGUGAUGAGAGAAGGUGAUCCGAGUUGACUGGAAACCAAGUGUUGCGCUGUGUCUAGAGAUGAAGUAACCGAUGCCAUGGUGUCUUUCCUUGGGCAUGGGGGCAGAAUCUGUGUCUAUCAAUUUCCUCCUGUCUCUUCCUUUUCUAUGUUGUGUACAUGUAUGAGUGGAUUGGGAUAGUUGUAGGACUAGAAAUCAUGGUCAUGAGAAUCUGCGAACAAGAGGACUGGCAAUUGUCACGGUAUGGUUUUUACUCGGACGGCGAUGGGGGAGGAUGCGUUCACAGCCACGCAUCUAGGACUCAGUUAGGAGUUGUGACAAGCGCGAGGUUUCAAUUGUGGUUCGGAGGGAGCCGUGUACUCUUACCAAGGUGAAUAGGACAUGGAUAGGAGUAGCGAGGUACCUGGCCUGCCUACCAGGACAUAGGCCCAUCAAGCAGAAGAUUGGCUGUUGCCUGAACAUUUCAUG